AUGCGUCCGGCUCUUCUUCGACUGCUGAGGAGACCAUCCGCCGUCUCGAUUCUCGACUGUCUGGUAUCAACGCCGUCUGGGAUUGAGCAAUUGGAGUCGAGAUAUAAAUGUCUACGAUGUCAAUCGCGAAGCGUCCAACAAAAUACGGGGCUUUGCCAGACCCAGCCGGAACUCGUUGACGAUGAAACUCCUGCCCGCCAACGCCGGGCGAGGACAAAGAGUUUCCGAAUUCACGAAAUAGAGCCUCCAUGGAGCAAUGCGAGCGAUGUCGGUCUUGACGAUUUUACAAAGCUUCUGAAACUACAGCCGGAGAAAUUGGAAUUCGAGUCAGAUGUUGGUCAUACAGACGACCUAGGAACUCGAUUAGUGGAUCAGCCGUCUUAUAGGCUUAACUUUGCGCUUUGGGAGGUACUACUUCGUUAUCGACAGCGACAUUAUGGUGACGAAGGCACAUUGGAGAUUUGGAAAGGCCUGACGAUCCGAAUGGAUAGUGUACUGCUCCCAGUAAUCGGAGAACGCGCAGAUUUCUUCUGGCGCAGCUUCAUUAGUGCAGGUCUCAAGAAGGAUUCUUUUUUGAAAGAUCUCGCAGACUAUGCGUUGGAGCUGUGGGAAGCGACUGGCAACCGAUGGGGUGGGUUCUACGACAGUGUGGUUGGAGGGUUCCUUGAACGCGGUAUGCUGCAGCAGGCUGUGGAAUGGCAUAAAACGCUUCAGAACCCUCACUUGGCCCAUCCCAAUGAUAUACUACGAGUCCUCGAAUUAGCUAUGGCGUCUUUCCCUCUUUCGGACACGACCAGUUUAAUAGUGCCCCAUAGGAACGUGGGAAGGAGAAUGUCUCCAGGUGUGCGCGCUUUCCAGGAUAUCUGCCGGGCUACAGAUGGUCACCACAUCUAUGGCCCUGUCAUUUCAAAUUUGCUAAAACAUGGUUAUUCCAUGGACGCGCUUCUGAUGCAUGGCUUUCUCACUGAAAGACAGGAUCAUCCUAGAGAUUUCGAAGAGAUACAGCCGUUACUUGACUACGCUGAGAAAUAUGAGUCGCCGGGUGUCUUCAAGGGGCUUCAAGAGUAUGCCAGACAUCGAUUCGAAUCUCAGCCGGUGUCAAAUGGCCCGGGAAAAGCUUCCCCGCAGGAUUCACACCCCAAGGGUAAGGGAGGACGCUGGCUGAAGCAUAAGCCUACCAAAGACGAGUUCGCGGCAAGACUUUUUGCUACCCAUGCGCUCACAUUUGAUAUGAUCGUUGGGGGUUUGCAAAUGUUCGGUGUGCGGGCUAUUGGAUCACAACCCUUGCGUGAAAUGGCUGCCAGGGCCCACGGAUGCCAGGAUCUCUUGGAAAAGCUAAAUAAGCUCCAGAAAGCGGAUAUAUCGAUCGGUGAUUCCGUGUUUGCACGGUUGGUGCGCAAACUUGCAACUGAGGACCGUUGGUUCCUUUUGUCAGAGCUCGUCUCGACCGACCAGCACCCUGACGUGUUCGAAAACGCAGCGCUACAGGAAUCUUUGCUAACACAAUAUUAUGUGGCUCGGGAUUGGCAACAGUACAACAUGGCUUUGGCCAUUCUCGACUUGGUCUCUGAUGAAGGACCGGAGAUGUUCAAUAUACACUUCCGGAAGCACAUCGCUGCUAGAGAGUGGUCCGCUGCGGCUAAAAUUGUGGAUGAUAUGGCCUUGCGCGGCAAGACCCUUGCCAACCAGAGCAUGGAGUUUCUGAUUGCGCAGGUUCUAACUCCACGGAGGAGAGGAGUCGGGCCAGCAGCAGGGUGUGGCGGCCAUGCCGAAGAUGAAGUAGGCUUUCUCUUCCGAAUCUUUCGACGCGUUGUACCUGCUGGAGUUUUUGUGCCGCCGGAACUCUGGAUCGAGCUUCUGAAGCGCUUAGGCAUGACCAGACGCUGGGAUCGCUUUCGGGAACUCUCCCUAUGGAUCGCCCGGUACUACGCUCCUAGUAAGAAACGAUCCAAUCCUUCUGGGAUGGGUUCGUUUCCGCCUUCGGGGAGGUCUCCAGCCAUAGGAAUGGGCCCGCCACCAUCCGGGCCUGGUGAUCGCAUGCUUGAACGUAUCUUCAACCCGCAAAUGCAAGCGGCCAUUGUCGCUUGGGGCUUCAUGAUGCGUUUGUCCAGCAAACCCGAAACGAAGGCUUGCCGUAUUCCAUCCCUGAUUGAACAGGGAAACGGGGAUCCUAUUGUCGUCCCGUGGGUCCGGGGUCUUGCACUUCUCCGCGAGCUCGAACGCGAAGGCGUCCGUCUCCGAGAGCAGGAGAUUCGACGAGCAUGUCGACAACGUCUGGCGGUGCUUUUCGGGCGACCUCGGCAUUCCAGUCGACGGUGGAACCGACUUCUGCGACGCGAGAAUCCUUACGAUGUGCAUCAGGUCCUAGCCGACGUAGCGCGUGCUUGGGGCUGUUCCCUUUUCGGCGAUCAGGAGAAUGAUGUGGAGCGACUUGUGAAUCCACCCAGUUCGAAGAUGUCGCAGCGCAGAACGCACCGAACGCUAUUCAGGGAGGUCCAUUUCGAGAAGGGUGCCUUUGUGCAGAGCAAAUAG